CAGUCAGAGAGACAGGACAGGAGUCAGGAUCUAAUAACCUAGAAUAAAGCAUCUGGACUGAGUAACAACCCAUCUGAACAGUCCUAGAGGAGUGUCUGCCUCUGCUUGUCACAUGCACACUCUGUAGACGGAGGGGAAAGUCAGGCUCAGUGUGGACAUCCAGCAGCAGAGUGACUCCUGACUCAGUCCUGGACCAUGAAGCUCAGUGUGGCGCUGUUCUUUGCUGGCCUUUUCGGUGCCUUGGCAGCCGUGUUCAUCCUUCUCUCAUUUGGAACUGAUUACUGGCUCUUGGCCUCAGAGAGUUGUAAUCCUGAUGGAUCUGUGGGCCCGGGUGGGGUCGCCAUUGAGCGUGGAGAUGUGGUGGUGGUUCAGAAGGAAACUGAUGAUGCCGUUCUGUACCAUGAGGGAUUCUUCUGGAGAUGUUCCUUUGGCGCCAACAUGAGAGACGAGAACCUGCUGUGGAAACUGUGGUUCACAAACCAGCCUCACUCCAAAGUCUGCAUGCACGCCUACCUCUUUCCAUUCCCUGUGUCCCAUCAGACCCACAACGCCACAGAGUAUGAUUCUGCCAUAAUCUACAGAGGCUUCUGGAGUAUCUUCAUGCUCAUUGGUGUUGCAGCUGUGGUGCUCGGUGGAUUUUUCAUCAUCUGUGCUGCUCCGUUUGCCAGCCACCGUUUAUAUAAAGCAGGAGGAGGCCUUUUCCUGUCAUCAGCUUUCUUCUUGCUGUGUGUGGUGGUGAUGUUCGUCCUGUGGGUGCAGGUGUUAGAUGUGGUGGAUAUUUACGUCGACCACCAGCGCACCGCACUGUGUCCAGACUUCACGCUGUCCAUCAACUACGGCCUGUCCUUUAUGUUUGCCCCCGUUGGCAUCUUCUUCUGCCUCCUGGCCGGCCUCCUCUUCCUCCUCAUCGGCCGAACAGUCCAGAUUCACUACCACUGAUGUAAACCAUAAUUUACAGUCUGUCGGCCACUGCAGAGACUGUGUGGCAGAUCUGUGGCGUAGAUGAUAUAUGGUAUUGUUGACAGGCUUGAAUACUGAGCUCAGAAAUCGCAGUUUAAAAUAAUAACUCCAUCUAUGCCUGUGGUGCAAAUGUUAUGUUGACUAGUGUGCGUUAAUGGUUAUAAGGGCUCUGAAUGUAUGUUUGUGAAAUCCUAAAUUAGCCAUAAUCAUAUGCUGAUGGGGAAAAAUGUGGUUCAUGAAAGGAGCAAUGUGCAAUAUGUAGUUGAUGAAAUAAUAGCAAAAAUUAGCACCAGUGUGUGAAGAAGUAUUAGAACAGUUUUAAUGUUACAGCGCAGUAGAGUCUGAAGCUUUUAUAUCUGUGUUACAGAAUAUACCAAACACUGGAAUGACAUUGCACAGCGUCAAAACUCAUUUCUUCAAACUCUGAUGAUAAUUUCAAGGUUUUUUUUUUUAAAUGCUUAAAAGUACAAAUAUUACAAAUUGCUCCUUUUAAAGUAUUUUGUUUGUGUUGAAAACAAUUGAAAAUACAAAUUCAGUUUUUUAGCACUUGGUGGGACAAGUAUUAGGAUAAACUGUAUAUUUUACUUUGUAAAGUGUUUAGAAGUAUAGCCAGAAAAAAAACUAACUAAAAUAUGCAUAUAAAAUGCUCAUGAUGUGCAUGAUGAUUUUUAUAUUAUGUAUAUAACUAUAAAUGUCAGUGUGUUUGGAAUGCAGAGUGUCUUUAUUGCAUCCAAUACUUCUUUAUAUGUGUAGUGUUCAGCCAGGAGCUCAUGCUAUUAGCUUUAAAAAUGGUCUUGAAAUAUCCAUUUUUUCCAAAUAAAAGCUGUAGUUUUCUACAACCACUACUGCAAUGAGAAUAAAUUGUGUCUCUUUUGGGGUUGA